CAACACAGGGCAACGGCGCCGUGGCAGAGUGGCGCGAAGUGAGCCGCGAUCAAGGGCCGGCCGCGUGAGUCAGUCGCGCGAGUGAGCACUGUGAGCAGCGCCCGAGCGCCCGUCGCCAGUGUUACUCUGAACGCCGAGCCACUCGCGCACACCCGUCACUCAGUACGCUUUCUCCACACGGCAGCGUGCUCAAGGCAGAGCUGUUUCGACACGGCACUCGGUUGCGAAAGUGUGCGCGAUGAUAUACAAGUGAGAGCCGACAUCGGACGCCAGGGUAACGCUCAUCGCACACGGUGAGCCAGUUUGUUCGACGAGAGACAUUCGAAACUCGCCAGCUGUGAGGGACGGGGGGCGCGCGACGCCGUCGGUCGUACACGCGGGACCAACCUUAACACAUAGUUACUUACUCUGAGAGAAGCAACGGAAACCAAUUUUUAAUGUGUCAAGUCAGUAUAGCUUAUUGCUGCUACGUCAGAUCGCUGAACGCCUCGAGCAAGAACUACAAGGUUAUGCAAAUGAGUUCUGAACGCUUCUAUACCAGGAAUAAUCAAAAGACCAUUCACAACUUCAAUAAACUUUAACGUUUACGUUGUACCUUACGGUGUAUAAGUGCUUAUCUAUCGUUUCUCUACCUUAAAUUAUCUUUCGGUGUCGCGUUCGCUAAUUGCUAAUUACUGUGGAAGUCGAGUGAUAAGGAGUGUUGACUGAACGAGCGUUCGACGUGCGGAAAUCAGAGCUGUUGUAUCCAGCGACGACAAUGGCGGCCCAGCAGGAGGAGAGUCUGCUCUCGCGUUGCGAAAUCCCCAUCAUCGACCUGGCGCAUAUAGGUACGGAUGUGUGCCCCAUGAAAUCAGUGCUGAGACGCAUUGGACAACAGCUGUUCACUGCACUCAGCACCAAGGGACUGGCGGUACUCGUCAACCACGGCAUAGCUGAUGAAAAGCUGAAAGCAGUGUAUGCUGACCUGGACAACUUCUGCGCUCUGCCAGAAGGUUGCCAGGCGCAGUAUCUACGCAACCCGGUGAGCAACCAUGGGUAUGUGCGCCCAGGCAUGGACCAGUUUGACACCACUAAGAAGGAGUUACGUCACUCGUUCAACAUCACCACGCUGUCCGCAUCAUCGAUGCCUGCACAGGAGGAGGUGCCGGAGUUCACCAAACACGCCAUCCCUCUCGCACAGGACCUCACCAACCUCUCGCGUGUUGUGCUGCAGGCCCUCGCCUAUGCUAUCGGUGUUCCCCCGACAUCGUUGCUGGCGUGUCACUCGGGCAUGCUGACGGCGGAAGGUCGCAACCCAUCCACGAUGCGGUUGUUGUACUACCCCCCAGUGCCGCCCGAAGACGUGGGCCCCUGUUGCCAGACCGACGCCGUGCACUACACGCGUUGUGGCGCACACGCAGACUACGGCACAUUCACUCUGUUGGCCCAGGACUCUGAAGGCGGACUCGAGGUGAAAUUGAACGGCAGUGAUAAAUGGGAGAAAGUUGGACAUCUCCCGGGAGCGAUACUCGUUCAGUCAGGAGAGUUUCUUGCCGCUUGGACUGCUAAUCUUCUCCCAGCACUUGUGCACCGCGUGGUAGUACCCACAGGUGCGUACGCGCGCGCUCGCGGCCGUCACUGCGUGGCCUUCUUCUGCCACCCAGACAAGGACGCCGUGCUGCCGCCGCUGCCACUGCGCGCCGUGGCCGCCCCCGCGCCCCCUGCCUUCACCCCGCACCCCCACCUCACGCUGCACCACCGUCUCCUCAACGCAGCUCACCAUCUCCAGAAACGUUUCCGCGAAACGUACGCGUGACUAGCGCACAGCGGCGGCGACAAGCAACCCGUCUACAAAACGCAGCUAGCACGUCGCCACACCGCACCCUAACUUGCCGUGGUUAUGCAAUAUUUUCUACCCCGAAAUUAAUAAUACAUUAAUCCCAAAUUCAAGUUAUAAGUGUGUGGUUUUACAUCUCAUAAGAAAACUUUACUGACUGGCUAGUCAUAAACAAGAAUGCAUUUGACAAUGAACGUGUGGAGGGGUUAAUAUUAUUAAUAUCGGGUUUUAUUAUAAAUCUUUGAUAUUACGCACAAUGCACUUACUCGUAUGCACAGUGAAUCGUGACGGAUUGGACAUUAAGUCAUGAUUCCUCUUGCUAUUUUCGGUAAACAUGGCGUAAACUUUGGUGGAAUGAAAGUGUAAUUAGGAAUUGAAUCGGCUCUAAGUUUAAUAAUUUUACUAUAUUUUUUAUAUUUGUAUCUACGAUUAGCAAAAGUUUUACAGAAAAAUAUGUGACUGAUACGUCUUAUAAAUCGUGUAGGCAUUAAAAGACCGUGGUAAUUAAUGUACUUAGUAGAGGCACUUAAUUAUGUUGAAACUAUCGAAAGGAUGGAAAAACUAAAGACAAUAGAACAAUGGGUUUGAAGUGCACAUUUCUCUCAUUGCACUACUUAUUUGCAUUUGAAUAAAGAGCUCCCACAGAACUCGACUUACCUAUUACAUUCUAACUAUAAAUUAAUCUAUGUACAUCUAAAAACAAACAAGUCUAUUCUCUUUUAUGUAACGUUACAUCAUUGUAUUGUGAUUCCUUUCAACAUAAUACAAGAAGUCACAAAAUACCUUCAAACUAUGUGUAAAGUACUUAAAUUGUAACAACACAACCAAUGUUGUUACAAUAUACGAAUAUUGUAACAUUUUAUCACAAUUUCUAUAUAAAAAGUUCUAGUUGGGAAUGAGAAAUUUAAUAAUUAAAUGUGUUAUGAAACAGAUAAGUCCUAAACACUAAAGUCUAGCAUUUAUUUUGUUUUUUGUUUUUGGAGUGUCUCAACAAACGGUAAUAUUUAAGAAGACUUAAUUGAUUCAUUCCCGGAAUUAAAGCAUUUUGUAAUUUACAUGAGCGUGUCAUUUCAUUAAACUAGAGAAUCAAAGUCAAAGUCAAAAUCAUUUAUUUCAAAUAGACCAGAAAGGCACUUUUGAACGUCAAAGCAAAUCUUACUGCCUUACCCAGAGUCUUUUAAUGGUUAUUUAACCCAGUCCUUAGCAAUUGUUUCUGAUACAAAAUCGUUACUAAGGAAUAGUUUAAGUAAUCAUUAAAUGUAUCUGUGUACGGUAGUUAUUCAUAUGGAGCUUAUCGCCAGAUUUUACUUGCUAGCUUAUUUUAUAAAUAUAUACAUUUAUUCUUAGCAAUUAGCGACGUGAAGUCAAAUUAUAUAGUAUUCUGCUUAUAUUCAUAUAUCAUACUUCGUGAUCGUGUUCUUGCUAUAGCAUUUUAUACCUAGUUAAGUACGAAAUAUAGUUUCAUUUUCUAUUUAUUAUACACUGUCCAUUUUCACGACUACUUAUUGUAUUUUAUUAUAAGUAAUUCGUGUGAUAACUUUGUAGCUCAAUUUUAUAUCUGUACUUAAGUAUACGAUAAUGUGUUCGAACAUCGAAGUGUGAGGGAUUGUGUGAGACAUGUAUUUACUGCCGCACUCAGAAACAUUCAAUGUUUACUUAAACUAUUCCUUAAUAAUCAAAAACAUUUGCAAAGGAAUUUGGUUAAGUUAAGAUGACUCUGAGUUCGGUGGUUAGUAAUCAAAUAACGAUCAGUACUUAAAGCCCAGUUUCAUGGAUACUUAAAUAAGGCUCAAAGUGGAGUUACAUAAACAUUACUAGCACGUACUUAACAAGCUAUAUUUCCGUCUCUGUCUAGCGCUAACUAAACAAUCUUGCGUGACAGAGACAAACUUAGCCAAAGCACGCAUUCAGCAAUGUUUAGUAAUCUCUCCUUAUUGUAUUGAGAAGGUAUUAUUAAUGUCAUUUAUAUAUUGUGUGUCCCAAUAAUAUUAAAUUUAACGAGGCUUUCGGCCGAUAUUGACUUAAAUGUAUGAUUAAGAUUAAAAUAAAUAUGGGUACAAAAAGUAUUUGUAUGAAACAACGUAAAGAAACAACCUACAUCUAUAUGACAAAGUAAAUUAGGCGAUCGGUUAACUGUAAACAAUUUAAACAUAAGUAGAUAAUACAAAUUGUUAACUACGACAACUGUACCCUUAGUACGAGUUUUCUUUACGUUGAACGAAAACUAAUCGAGUGCGCGUUCAGCGCUCUGAUUGGUUGGUUAAUUCGUGCCGGCCAAUCAGAGCGCCGAACACACUCUCGUUUCGAUCUCAUUGAACGUAAAACAAACUCGUACUAAGUAUUCUGUAUUCAAUUAGUAACUUGGUUUAAAAUGAAAGAGAUUGUAAAACCUAUGAAUUUUGUGAAACCGUACAUUACCUCUGUCUGCAAUGUUCCUGUCGGAAUGACGGUUGACAUGAUUACAAUAUAAAUGAUAGUGAAAUUAAAUAAUAUGCUGAUUAAGAUUAAA